GGUUAUGGGGUGGAUAUGGGGCUGUGGUUCCCCCCCUUCACCAAAUCUCCCCACUGCCCCAGCGGGGUGAUGCUGCGGGGCUCAGGGAUCCAUUGGGACCUACGUAAGACGCAGCCCUACGACGUCUACGACCAGGUCGAAUUUGAUGUCCCCAUCGGCUCCAAGGGCGACUGCUACGACCGCUACCUGUGCCGCGUGGAGGAGAUGCGGCAGUCCCUGCGCAUCAUCCUGCAGUGCCUCAAUAAGAUGCCAGAGGGGGAAAUCAAAGUGGAUGAUGCCAAAAUCUCUCCUCCCAAGCGGGCAGAGAUGAAGACCUCCAUGGAGUCCCUCAUUCACCACUUCAAGCUCUACACCGAGGGCUACCAGGUGCCACCCGGCGCCACCUACACGGCCAUCGAGGCCCCCCAAGGUGCCCCUUUUUGUGCCAGUUGGGGGGCGAGGGGCUCUGUGGGGCUGAUCCAGGUCUCUGGCUCUGUGGCACCUCCAGCUCGGGGGCAGGAGGGCACCUGGGCCACCCUGGAGGCGCUGUGAUGUGUGUGGGGCUGAGGGCUGUGAGCUCUGCGGCCACGCAGGCAUCGCACACACAGCCGUCCUGCCCCAGGUGCUGCUUUCACAUCUCUGGGCUCAGACACAACGUCUGCGUCCCCUCUGUCCCCACAGGGUGAAUUUGGCGUCUACCUCGUCUCUGAUGGCAGCAGCCGUCCGUAUCGCUGCAAGAUCAAAGCACCGGGCUUUGCUCACCUGGCCGGCCUGGACAGGAUGUCGCAGGGCCACAUGCUGGCGGACGUGGUGGGCCAUCAUCGGUGCGUUGUGCCGGGGCUCCCGGCUGAGGUUUCGGUGGCUGAGGGGGGGCCUGGCGGUGGUUUUGCCCCCUGCUCACGCUGCUCUCUCGCUGCAGGCACUCAGGACAUCGUUUUUGGGGAGGUGGAUCGCUGAGGUUUCGCGCUCGCUUCAUCCGCGUCCCUUUCCGCGCUGCGAUCUGAGUUGAAUAAAAGCUAAAACGGA